GUUUCCUGUUUAAAAUUUAUGUCAAAUGGAGGAUGGGUGUAAAAUGGAGGAACACGUGGAUAACGAUGCUCUCGUUCGUGGUUCAGAAUGAAAUGUCGCAUUUUGCACCAUCAUCGUGUCUGAUCGCACCUGUGGUGCACGUAGAUAACGUCUAUUCUUAGUAUCGGUGGUUUUUGUCACAAGUUUCCGUGUAAUCGUUGUAUCCGGGUGCAGCAAACAAUGCAAUCUAAUGAAACCAUCUAUAAAAAUGUAGGCUAUUUCGCUUAUAUCGUUACCGUACUGGAUCAUCAUCGUGCCAUGUGACUUCCUUCGAUAAACACUUCCUCCAAGUUCAUUUAAUUAUCUUCCAAGUGUUCAUACACUUUGUUAAUAGUUCUUCUUGCUUGCCUGGAAGCUUCAUUGGUAGAAGGGUCAACAACCACCGGUUGAAUUCAUUGUAUCGUGCAUUUUUUCGCUGGAGGGACACGGUCAUUCCAGAGAAGUGCUCCUAUGCUCUAUUAUAUUCGAGGACCCUUACCAACGGCGGCCACUAGAUUUCUUAUGCAAUAAAAUGUUCUAUGGCAUGCACUCUGGCCAUGGCGCGAAAAUGGGGCCUCUCCUCGAGGCUCCUCGUUAAAUGCGGGGCUUCGCCUUUAUCGCCGUCGAUUCCGACAAACGCAGUAGAAUCGUCUUUCUGUUUAUCUUUCCUAGGCAGCGGAGAUCCGUUUCCGAUGGCAGAGAUUGUUGCAAUAAGAUGCAGCAGCUGAAGUAGUAUAAUCCAGUGGUCAGAUGCUUCAGCGACCGGAUUAUUGUGUGGUGCCAUAAUGUCGGAUCACUGGGAGGAAGUUAACUGGGAUAAGGAGAUUUUGACCCGCGCCAAUGUUACACUCACGUGGUAUUUGGAUGGACAGGUGGCGAUGCUAGAGCAGACUUCCGCCCACAGAAACCAUCACCCUAAUAGACGAUCCACCUUCCUUGUGCCCAUGUAUGGUGGAAUUUGGAUCAUGUGUGUCUCGCUUACUGAGGAGGAAAUACGACUACUGGGUCAGGUAGGUUUUCCGCAAGAGAGGUGCAUUAACUACUUGACGCCCGACGAAGCACACGAGGAGAUCCGUGCCGCCUGGCAAAAUCGGAUGCAAAACUUGAGUAUCUCCUGUUCUCUAGUCUGCCUGAUCAUUCUGGGCACCGCCGUCCUUAUUGGAUUUUUUGGACUCUGCAGACACCAGAUAUCGGCGGUCCUCGUUACCGGUGUGAUGUAUCUUCUAGCAGCCACGUUCGCGUUGUUUACCCUGACGAUAAUUCAUUUCAAGAGAGCUCAAGAUCGCGGAGCUCGAAUACUGGACGGCCCUGAGGAUGGUGUAAUUGGUGGACCGGUUCCUCGUAAUAUUCUCAAGGCCAGACGAUUCACCAGCUCCUGGAGCAUGGACUUUGGAUGGGGCGGUGUUACGCUAUGCGCCCUCGCCUCACUAGCAUGGAUCAUGCUCAGCAAAAUAAUGCGUUUCAGCCCCAUUGCUGCUAUGAUAGCGUAGCAGUGGGAGGCCUUCGAGGUCUAAGGUCGUUUCCAAGUGUUAUGAUAGAGCGUUUCGAUGUCGUCGCCUUUUUAAGCGUGUUCCAACCCAAUGGAGGGAGAUUGCGUUUGUUCAUAAUGGGAAACAGGUCACAGGAGUCGAUUGUGUAGUCUCUGUUUUGUUCUAACUGGAAAGUGAGUCAGCUUGAUGGGCAGCUCAAUACCAUGAACUGUUUUGUAAGCUGUGGAAUUUUCAUUGUGCAAAGUAAUCAAUUUGUGUGAAGCUGUUGCUUGUGGCCUGCAAAGCAAGAAAGUUCAGAUGUGUGGGUGGAAGUUUGACACUUGAAAGUAAUUACUUGAAAAUAGGGCGCGACAUUGAGACAAAUUUUGAGAGUAUUUUUUCAGAAACGACAUUACAAUUGAAAAUGACCACCUCGAAGGCAGUUUGUUUUAUCAACAGGUAAUGCGUGUUGCAUAAUGUUUGUCAACUUUAUGGAACUUACGUUGGAUCCGUCUAAAGCAUGGCAAGCUGUAGAAGGAGCCUAAAUUUUUGGCUAUUCUUCUAAAUGCAACGUUUUGUACAAUUUACCUAACAAUCUUUAGUCCUUGACAAAGAAAACAUACAUGACCGAGCGAAGAACUAUAUGUGGAAGAGGGAUGUAAAGUUUUGAAAUAAUAUAUCUUGUACCUCUAAGUUUCCAAAGCUUUAAAGUUUUGCACAGAUUUAUGUCCAUCUGGAAUGAUCCAA